UUGACUCUGCUGAUAUGGCUAGGAAAAGAGGUAACAAAGCCGUGGACAAAGUUGCUGACGAAAUUGACCCCCAGAAUGAGGGGCAGGAACAUCAGUUUUCGGACCCCGAUGUUGAACGGCGGAUUUCUGCCAUUAAGGCUAUUAGUGAUGUGGAGACUCAACAUGUGCUGGCCAAAUUGCGUUUGCUUCGCUCAUAUUUCACCAAGGAGCAGCGGGAAACACCUGUUUUGGAAUUCUUUAAAGAAAACUUUCCCAACCUGUCAUUUGUGAAAACUGAAGAGAAUGGAAAUCUACAGCUUCAGUGGAUUGGUGACGAUGGCGAUGUAUCAAUGAAUGGUGGUACUGAUAUGCAUUUUUCUAUUCUAAACCGGUUCUCUAUGGCUCAUUCUGGUUGCCAAAUGUUGGGUGGCUUUGAGUUUUCUAGUAAAGCAGGGAGAUCAAGGUUUUUGGGUGCUAAUAAUCUGCAGAUAAGAGAUUUUGCUUUAGAGGAGCCAUUUGAUUCUCAGAUGCCAGGACAGAAUGAUUCUCUCCAAACUCCCGGGGUUACUAGCCAGAGGCUAUCUAUUGGGGUCACACCCAAAACACUAAGGCACCCAAAGCCUGGAGAGACCCUCUUAUCUGUCCAUGGAUCUCCCCUUGGUGUUUACAAGGAAGAGAAUAUGGACGCCAUAAAUGAGUCGGAAGAGGGAUGACCGGCUUCAAAAUUGCUCAAAUUGACAGUCAAUCCAGAUGGAAGUCUUCAGUAUGCUACUUGCCAAUCAAGAUUCAUUUGUUUAGGAUCAUAUAACUGUGUGAAUGAUGACCAUAAUACCUGAAACAUUCUAUUACCUUUGGAAUUAACUCUAUACAUUGUAAUAGUUUCAUGUCUUUCAGUGUAAUUAGUUUUAGUUUAG